GAAAAGUACGACGCUACAUUUUCACGCUGCAGUGCGUUCUUCACAUCCUGACCGCUACAUGAGGACAUCCGAAUUCCCAACUUUGUCCCACGGUGUGAUAAGCAGACAGCGGAGGCGUGGUCUCUGACGUCACUCGGGCUGAACCGUACUACAGCACUAGUCUGGCUGGAUGUCUGACUCAGCUACGCAGGUUGUUUGGGAAUAUAUUUUAAACGCAUGUUUUAACUAAACAGACUAUAAAUUCUCGCUCGUUCCUCUCGUGUUGGACUACGUGCAUCUUGUAUUUUGGGCAGUUUGGGGAAGUGCGGCAGUAGGUUUAAAGGUCUUUAACAAGAAGAUGACCAAGGCUCUUGCUCAGUCAAUUGAUAAAUAGACUGGCAAUGACCAUGUUAAUAUCUUUCUGACCACACCUGCUAAUGGACUGAGAGGUUACUUCAAUAAAUGUUUCAUUUCUAGAUGUGGACUAGUGCCAAUGCUGCAGAAAAGCCCAACGUCCCGAUUCCAGGUCACAGUGCCCCCCAAAUUUGUGCUAUCACUGUCCUGCACCAUCACCCGCUUGUUCAUCCCUCACUUCAUGGGGCUGUUUUUGAUUUCUCUGACCCUGUUUUAUAUCUUGCCACAGACUGCUAGAAUUCGUUUCAAAUAAAUUUGUGCUUUUUAUUUAUGGGCCAAAUCUAGAACUGCGCAAUAACGGCCUCUGCCUAACAUAUGGUGCUGUUGCGAGUUUUAACCCUUACAAGAAACUAAAUGUCACUGAGCUCUCAGGAUUUAACCCAAGGACUUUCCAAGUGAGUUUGCACUCAGGAUUUAAACCCAGAACUUACAUCCAGGUCAGUUUUAAACAAGCUUCAAACACCGAAAACCAUCUGUGCUCAUGUAAAUAACAGAUCAUGAGCUCAGACAGCUUCCAGUACCGUGCACUGUUCGAGUACAAACAGGAGAGGGGUGACGAUAUCUCUCUGCAGCCUGGCGAUCUCCUCACGGUCAGUAAGAUGGCACUGCUGACGUCCGAUUUCCAGGAGGGUGACGAGAAGUGCCCAAAGGGCUGGCUGCAUGGCACCAAUGAACGCACUAAGGAAAAAGGCAACUUCCCUGGCACCUUUGUGGAGUAUGUUGGGGUCGUGAGGACGAGCCUUACUUCAGGGAAGCCCUGGCUGAGACCUGUACCGCCAACACCUGUAGGGCCCCAGCCCCCAGGGGCCUCUGCUUCAGAGGGCCCUUGUGGAAAGGGAGAUGUUGUAGAGCAGUGCGCUCUGCCUGACCAGACCCCAGCUGUGGUGCUCAGGCUGACGGAGGCUCUAGAGAGACUGGACUGGGAGAAUGAGCCACUUUACCGGUCUGGCCAGACCUCCAUUGGACCACCGGAGUUACUUCAGGCUUUGGAAACAGACCCAGCAGGGGUGGACUUUGAGCAAUAUGAACUGUCCGUUUUGGCUGAUACUCUUAGGAGUUACAUUCAGGAAUUACCCUGCCCACUCAUCCCAGCUGUAGUGUACAGUGAGCUGGUCUACACUGCUCAGGAGACCCAAAGCAUAGAGGAGUGUGGACAGCAGCUGAAAAGAAUCCUUGACUCCCCCAGUGUGCCUCAGGCUAACCACCAGCUCCUGGUUCAUCUGACCCGACACCUAAGCAAGGUGGCCGAAAGUCGGGGAGCAGCUCAGGCAAGCCCCAGGCUUCUGGCUCUGGCCUACAGCGAGGUCAUCUUCAAAAACAACCACUUCAGUGCGGAUGUAAACCCAGAACACCAUGUGAAGAUUCUUGAGGCACUUAUCACGGUUGGAGGCCUAGUGGAGAUACAAGCUGCUCAGGUAGGCCAUCAGAGGUUCUGAUUUUCUUUAUCUUCUGUAGGUUCGCCUUCUUGGAUGACCUUUUAUUUGUAUACCUUGAAUUUUAAUAACUCA